AUGGAAGGCAUACAGACGCACCCCUCGAACGCCGCGCAGGCUAAGGCGUUCACGGCGCCUGGCUCACUCUCCUUCCCCGGAGCCCAGAACGAGACGGCGCCGAACGGCGAGAACGGGCAAAAGCCAGUUCCUCAAGGCCAGCAGGUUGCGAACGGAAAUGGGGUGACUCCCGCCACUCCUGCCGCCACGCCUGCUGCCAACCAAGGCCCCAGUGGCAUUACACCUACCUUGCAAAAUAUCGUGGCCACUGUCAAUCUUGAUUGCCGUUUGGACCUCAAGACGAUUGCACUGCACGCGAGGAACGCAGAGUACAAUCCCAAGCGUUUCGCCGCUGUAAUCAUGCGCAUUCGCGAACCCAAGACAACGGCCCUGAUCUUCGCUUCCGGCAAGAUGGUUGUCACUGGUGCAAAGUCUGAGGACGACUCCAAGUUGGCGUCGCGCAAGUACGCGCGUAUCAUUCAGAAGCUGGGCUUCAACGCCAAGUUCACAGACUUCAAGAUCCAGAACAUUGUCGGCUCGUGUGACAUCAAGUUCCCCAUUCGCUUGGAGGGACUGGCAUCCCGCCAUCAUAACUUCAGUUCUUACGAACCUGAGUUGUUCCCUGGUCUUAUUUACCGCAUGAUCAAGCCGAAGAUUGUGCUUCUCAUCUUCGUCAGCGGCAAAAUCGUGCUCACGGGUGCCAAAGUUCGCGAGGAGAUAUACCAGGCGUUCGAAAUGAUCUACCCUGUGUUGCAAGAUUUCCGCAAAGUCUAA